GUGGGGCAGGGCGGAAGUUACCAAAUUAAAGACGAACAACUACAAGCAACCGUCUCCGCUUUAUUGAUAUCAUAUAAAGUACAACACUGUUGGAAGGCUCUUUUUUUUUUUUUUUUUAACUGUUAGAACGCGUUCGUCCAUAUUUUACACUCCACAUGGAGAAGGUUAUUCACCACGUGUCGGCAGAUUGAGUUUGGCCAAGGCUAAGGUCGCUAUCCAAUCUAUUUUAAACGACAACAUUGCAAAGUGGAAUCAAAACUUCCGGGUACAUGAUGGCAACAAACGCGAGCGUGUUGUCCACCGGAGACGAAGAUGAAGAGUUCAACACGUUUGUUGCCUUGUACACCGAAGCCUUGAGUAGCUGCGGAAUACCUCAAAUGUACUGGAGGAGCCUGCAUCAGAAAAUCACCAAGCAAAUUUUUGAUGCUGGGGAGGUGUUUGGAAUCAUGCAGAUCCAAGAAAAAGAAGAUGAUUGCCAGGAUGGAGACAGGACUAAGCAUGGAGCAGUAAUUGGUUCAAAAGUAAUUGUGACCCAAAAAAGUGGACUGCUUACCUCACAACCAGCAAGCGUUUUCUUGGUUGACCAUGCUUGGACGUACCGUGUCGGUCAUGCCCGUCAGCAGCUUGAGGAGAUUCGUGGCCUGUUGCAGAGAAUGGCUUCCCUCAUGGGCUUGGACUUCAAUGGAAAGGAACUUGACGCUGAUGCGGUACAGCUUGUGAUGGAUCGUAUGUGGAUGUACAACCAGACUUACCAACUCUCCCAAGGGUCUGCAGAAGAAAAAGUUCCUGUGUGGUACAUCAUGGAUGAGUUUGGCUCUCAGGUGCAACACUCAGACCAUCCCAGCUGUGGCAUGGCUCCCUUCUUCCAUGUUGAAGAGCAAAUGGCCUACACUGUCCUCUGGCCUUUCAUCGACCUGCAAAAUGGAGAUGAAGUAACACGUGACUUUGCAUACGGUGAGUCAAACCCUCUGGUGAGACAAUGUCGUCUGUUACCAUGGAUACCUGCUGAUCUACAAGGGCUUUGUGAGAGAACCACAGAACCAGCGGAUUCAUACUAUGAGUCUGUCUUUCAGGAGACCAAAGAGUUGCUUCCUGUGGAAAUCCAAACCUCUGCUUUACCCAAGGACAAAAUACUGAAGGUUUACUCUGAAAUGUCCCAAGUAACUAACAACUUGAAACACGCACGUUUCCAGCUGACGGACAAUGAGGAGGAGGCAGAUAUCAUUUGGAGCUACAACCACAUUAAAGACUACAGGAGGUUUAGUGAGGAUCGACCUCACGUCCUAUUGAACCAGUUUCCCUGCGAGAACCUUAUCACUGUAAAGGAUUGCCUUUCUGCCUUGGCCCGGAGACUGGAGAUUGGUUCUGAUGUGAUACCGGAAACCUUCAACCUCCAGACAGAGCUUCCACAGUUCAUAAGGCACUAUCAACUGACACACCAGAGGGGAGACGAUAACCACUGGAUAUGCAAGCCCUGGAAUUUGGCCCGUGGGAUGGACAUACACAUCACUAACAAUCUGAACUACAUAAUCCGACAGAGGGAGAGUACGCCAAAGGUGGUGUGUAAAUACAUUGAAGAUCCAGUACUGUUCUACAGGGAGGACGUCGGAUGGGUCAAGUUUGACAUCCGCUACAUGUUGAUGUUGCGCUCUGUCAAGCCUCUGCGUCUCUAUGCCUACAAAGUCUUCUGGUUACGCUUUGCUAAUAGACCCUUCUCCCUGGAUCACUUUGAUGACUACCAGAAACACUUUACUGUUAUGAACUAUGCAGAAGAUGUGGAGCUCAAGCAGGUCCACUACGAUGACUUCAUCCCCAUGUUUGAACAGCAAUACCCUCAGUAUCCAUGGGAGGAAGUGGAAUCGAAGUUGUUUCAAGCAUUCAAGAGUGUCUUCCUAGCUGCUAGUUCUCGACCUGCUCCGUAUGGUAUCUGUCCAUACCCGUCUUCCCGAGCUAUCUAUGCUGUGGACCUCAUGCUCAAGUGGAAGACGUUGGACAAUGGUGAGCGAGUCAUGACCCCACAGAUUCUUGAGUUCAACUUCAGUCCCGACUGCACCCGUGCCUGCCUCUACCACCCAGACUUCUACAACCACAUGUUUCAGACUCUGUUCUUGGACCAGCCAAAGGACUGCCCCGUUACGCAGAUCGCAUGAUUCUUUACUACCCCGGUAUCGAUAUUUGUUUUGGAUCUCGAUCUCAAUAUUUAGUACUGAGAUUCCUGAGUUAAUUCAUUUUGUUUCCAAUACUAAUUUACUCUGUGGCUGCUAAAAGAUGGAUAAGGGCAAUAA